AUGUCCGUAACGGAAAAAAGCUACACGGAUCAAAAGGUCAUCCUUGAUCCCAAAAACUACGACAUAGCCUGGAUCGCUCUUCACCACAUUGAAGCAAAGGCUGCCCUCCACUUGCUGGACGAACGACACUGUGGACGUUUUGCUGUGAGUGCUGGGGAUAACUAUGUCUACCAAGCUGGGUCAAUGGGCGGCCACAAUAUCAUCAUAGCAACCCUACCCGCUGGCGAAGAUUAUGGAACAGGCUCCGCAGCUGCACUUGCUAGCCAAGUCAAGAAGUUCUUCCCCAAUCUCUGGUUUGGUCUGCUUGUAGGGGUGGCAGUGGGACUUCCGGACUUACCACGCAAGCGCGAUAUUCGACUCGGCGACGUUCUUGUCAGUCUUCCCCAAGGCGAUAGUCCUGCCUUGAUCCCGUAUGAUCUCGGAAAGGAAACGCAAGACGGUUUUCAACCGCUUCGUCUUGGCUAUAGUCUCGCAAUGACCCCAACAAUUGUGAGAUCGGCCAUCGGCAGUAUCAAGCUUGAGGCACCAUACGAAAUCGACAUUUUUCAGCAACACUUUAAGAAGAUGGCCAAUUGUGAGCAUGCGACAGGCACAUUUGUGGAUCCUGGCCAGGAAAAUGAUGUGCUAUGUGAUGAGGAUGAUCAACCAAUUCAACGCCCUCAGAGAUCGCAACGCACUAGAGUGUGGUACGGCCCUAUCGGGUCGGGAGAAAAGCUGCUGGAGAAUGCAAAGAGACGGGAUGAACUCAGAGAUCGUUACGGCAUUAUUGGUCUAGAAACAGGGGCAGCAGGAACGAUGAACAGAAUUCCAGUUGGUGUCAUCCGAGGGGUUUGCGACUACGGCGGUCGACAGAAGAAUGAAGAAUGGCAACCAUAUGCGGCAGCAAUGGCUGCUUCUUAUGCCAGGUCCUUGCUCGAUGAGAUUCCUCCACAAAACAAAGGCAGAGCCUCGGUAUUUUCCUCAACCUCCACAUCUCUCUCCGAGCUAGCAGCGAAUAGGCACAAAGUAGACACUGGUGAGUAA